AUGGCAUUUUUCAAAAAUUUUCAGCAAAAUCUACCUUCAGUGUCUUCUCUGGUAGACACACUCAGUAGUGCUGUAGAAGAUUUAACCACUGCUGUUGGGGAGGUCAGCUAUGCUUUAACUGACUCAGUUGCUGAGCAGGUAACAAGCAUGAUAAAUGGCUUUCGCCCAGAAGAAGAAAACUCUAAAACAGAAGAAGCUGUAGAUACUAAUAAACAAAAAAGUGCAGUGUUAACAGAAGGCUCCCAAAACAGUAAUUGUCAGAAAACACAGUCAGAUUUAGAGCACAGAGAAAAACAAACAAAUUCUUCUAAUACUUUAUCUCCACAAAAGCAAGAUCAAGGAAUGCAUGAAGAAAGAGUAUUUAAACAUCCUAAUUAUAAGCAACAGACUCUAUCAGACUGUCAAGAAAUGGGUAAUACCAGUGAUUGUUCUUUGAAAGGCCAUAUGAAUAAUAGUGGGAUAUCAGUUAUCAAACAGAAUGCAAGAGCUGGAUAUACUUGUCAAGAACUUGAAAGUACUGACAUACGUGAAAAUACUGGAUUAGGAGUCUCCAGUAAUAGUAUGAAAACUUUAAAGGCGGUAAGAUACCAAGAAAUGAAAGGAAAUCAGAAGAAUUCCAAUGGAAUAAACAUGUAUGAGCAAAAGAAAUGCAUUGGGACAGAUAAUGAUAAACUAGAAGAAGGUAGUAAAUCUCAACAAGUAUUGUGGGGAAGAGAUCAAGAGAAAAUGGGGCACUUCAAUAAAUAUAAACAUCUUACUCAUUUAGAGCAUUCUGAUCAUUUAAAGAAAGCUGGAAAAAAUAUUAAGAGUAAAGGAUUUACAGGGAAUGAAUGUUCAGGAAAUGAAUGUUCUAUAAAAGAUACUUUGACAAGCAAUAGACAUGUGAUGCAGAAAUCCUUUAUGAAAGAAGAAACACAUCUAGUGCUGUCAACUAAUUCUAAAGAUAAGUUACCUGGGAAAAUCAAGAAACAAAUGAAUCUGGCAAAAUUCUACAAAGUUAAAAGAGAUAUAGAAACAAAGAGAAAUGACACCAUUUCUGCCAAGAAAAAAACAGCAAAGAGUAAAGAUGAAAAAUAUUGUAAGAUAAUACCAGAAAAAGAUAAUUCCUACAUGGACAAAGAUGAGCAUGGCUCAUCCUCUGAAAGUGAAGAUGAAGCACUGGGUAAAUAUCACGAGGCCUUAUCCAGAACACACAAUUCCAGACUACCCUUGGCAGAUUCUAGACAAAAGAACUACGCUUGGGAAACAAGACAAAAGUACAGUCCUCUGUCUGCAGAGUAUGAUGGAUACAGUAGUGAAGCAUCCAUAGAUGAAGGAAACUGCAUUCAGAGAAUGAGAAGAACACCCCCACUGGAUGAAUUGCAGCCACCACCAUAUCAAGAUGACAGUGGUUCUCCCCAUCUUUCUUGUACACCCUCAGAGAUUGGGGAUGGUAAAUGUGAAUAUUCCCACUGCAACAACAGUCCCAGAUGUUCGUAUAACAAGUGCCCAAGUGAAGGAAGCACAGGUCAUGAAAUAGGAAGUUUUCAUAAUAAAGGAUAUGAAGAAGAUGUCCCAAGUGAUAGCACUGCAGUCCUGAGCCCUGAAGAUAUGUCAGCUCAAGGAUCAUCUUCACAGCUUCCUAAACCUUUUGAUCCUGAGCCAGAAGCUAAAUAUGGUACCCUGGAUGUGACUUUUGACUAUGACUCACAAGAACAGAAGCUUCUGGUAACAGUGACAGCUGUCACAGACAUCCCAACUUAUAACAGGACAGGUGGCAACUCAUGGCAAGUACACCUUGUUCUUCUACCUAUAAAGAAACAGAGAGCAAAAACCAGCAUCCAGAGAGGACCAUGCCCUGUCUUCACAGAAACAUUUAAAUUUAAUCAUGUUGAAUCUGAGAUGAUUGGAAAUUAUGCAGUUCGGUUUAGACUGUAUGGUGUACAUCGCAUGAAAAAAGAAAAGAUUGUGGGGGAAAAGAUUUUUUAUUUAACAAAAUUGAAUCUUCAAGGGAAAAUGUCAUUGCCUGUGAUAUUGGAACCUUCUUACAAUCAUUCUGGCUGUGAAUCCCAAAUGAGCGUGUCAGAAGUGUCCUGUAGUGAAAGUACAUCUUCAUGUCAGUCUCUUGAACACGGUUCAGUUCCAGAAAUCCUCAUCGGCCUGCUUUAUAAUGCCACGACUGGAAGACUAUCAGCAGAAGUGAUAAAAGGCAGCCACUUCAAAAACUUGGCAGCAAACAGACCACCGAAUACAUAUGUUAAGUUAACUCUACUGAAUUCCAUGGGGCAAGAGAUGUCCAAAUGCAAGACAUCCAUCCGCAGAGGGCAGCCAAAUCCAGUGUACAAGGAAACUUUUGUUUUUCAAGUGGCCCUAUUUCAACUUUCUGAUGUGACACUGAUACUGUCUGUGUAUAACAAACGCAGCAUGAAAAGGAAAGAGAUGAUAGGCUGGAUUUCUUUAGGUUUGAACAGCUCUGGAGAAGAAGAACUCAAUCACUGGACUGAAAUGAAAGAGUCAAAAGGACAGCAAGUAUGUAGAUGGCAUGCCUUACUAGAGUCGUGAUGAAUAGGAUAAGCGAGCAAUUAUGACCCAAGGCAGCGCAUUUCUGAUUGCAGCAUUACUGUUUUUACCUAGUCACCGAUGGAAGAGCUUUUCUUUGAAGAAUCAUAUUCAGCAUUCUACCAAAAUGCUCUAAAUUUUGUGGAAAUAACGUCUAACACUGACAUAAAUGAAGAAAAGGUGUGUCUCUGGUAGAGCUUGUUUGGAAAACCAAGAAACUUACAUCAUCGUUGUUAAACUAACAUUCUUCCAGAGAUUCAGUAACAUGUUUUUGAUUUGAAGUUAAUUUUAAUUUAGCAAAAGAACCAGUAAUUUCAUAAAAAAUCAAAAUUAUAAGUGAUUUUAAGAAUCAGAAGUUUAGUUACAACACUAUUUUAGUAUCACCCUAUAUAUUAUUUAUAAAACAUUCUGACUGACCAGUCCUGGUGUUUGUAAUGUUCUUUGAUAUGAAAAAGUAGUUCUCUAAUGACCUGAUCUUAGUUCUCCAAGUCAUAGGUAGUGUUGAAGAGUUUCACUCAGAUUGGAAAUCGUUUUAUUUCAAAUAUGUUCCCUUUGUGCACUUAGUUUCAUUGUGCCUCAGUUCUCAAUAGUACUAAAUCUAAGUGCAAACAAUUAUUCAUUUUCAUACAGGAAUUUUAAAAAUAUGUUAUUUUUUAAAAUAUUCAUUUCUUCAUUUGCCUCUGCUUUUGCCUGAUCCAAAGAGACCAGGUCACUGUACUGGUCCCUUGCAAGUCUUUUAGACAGGUUGUACUGUAGAACAAUGUAACUUUCUGUUGAAAGCACUUCCUGUAUUCUUGUAUUCCAAUGUAGGAAGCCAAUAGAGCAGGACUUUACUUUAAAAUUUCUUUCAGUGAUUGACUCUUUAAAGUUACAGUAAUGUGAGAGUACAUUUUUUACAAACUGAGAAUACAGUAGAUUAAGCUGUUGAAAAUUGAAAAUAAUUCCAAUUUAAGAAAAUUUUAACUGUCUGCUCUGAAUAUUUAGUAACCAACACUGCAUAAAGCAGAUAGCAUUCAAAAACAGAAACUGUUCUCUCUCUAAAUCAUCACUCUUACUUCAAUUUAUAUUUGUGAUAUAAAGACUAUCCAGUGCUCAGUUUGAAUCAGAGCAUUAUGUUAAAACCAGUUCUGAGAUUCCUUAUGACGUUUCUAGUGACUUGUGACUAGAUUUUAUGAAAUUUACAAAUAACGUUCUUCAAUGUAAUGUCAUCUUGUGCCUUUCAUGUAAGUUAAAUUUGCUCAUACAGCUUGAAAGUUGUAUUUGCAAAAUCAGGCCUUCGACUUUUAUAAAUGUAAAAAUUCCUCAGAACAGUGUCACAAGAUCUUUAUUUCCUCUGAAGUAUGUAAAAGUUGUAUAACGUACUAAUUUUUUAAAAUGGCAAGGCACUUUCAUUUGUUUUUAUAUUUAGGAACUCUAAUCAGGAAUAUUAUAAGCUGUUUUCGUUAUAGUUUUGCUUCUUACCUAAUGUAUAAUUUUAUGCAUAACACUUUAUUAAAUAGAGUAUGUUUUGUAUAUAGGAAAAAUAUUUUUUUCUUUCUCA